AUGUCUUCCAAAGAAGCGCAGCUGGCGCCGUGGGAGAGCGCCGUCGCAGGUGCAACCGGCGCGGUGCUCGCAAACGCUAUAGUUUAUCCUCUUGACAUUGUUAAGACAAGGUUACAAGUACAGAUCAAGAAGAAGAACCAAACGCCUCAACAUACACCCGAGAACCAUCACUAUGAGUCGACCUGGGACGCGAUCAGGAAAAUUGUCGAGCACGAGGGUAUCAUUGGCCUUUACUCGGGGAUCAGUGGCUCACUCAUUGGAGUUGCUUCCACCAACUUUGCCUAUUUCUACUGGUAUUCAGUGGUACGGACGCUAUACACCCAAUACCAGUCGGUGCCGGGGCAGCACCCGGGUACAGCAGCUGAAUUGUCAUUGGGAGCGGUCGCAGGAGCCAUCGCGCAGAUAUUCACCAUUCCAGUGGCCGUUAUCACCACACGACAACAAACACAACCGAAAGGGCACAAGAAGGGCCUCUUCGAGACUGGAAAAGAGGUCGUACACAGUGAAGAUGGUUGGAGUGGGCUGUGGAGAGGUCUCAAGGCCUCUCUGGUCCUCUGUGUCAACCCGGCCAUCACAUAUGGCGCUUAUCAGCGUCUGAAAGAUAUCAUGUUCCCGGGACGGGAUCGGUUACAUCCCUGGGAAGCUUUCCUCCUCGGAGCCAUCUCAAAGUCUAUCGCCACGAUUACGACACAACCUUUAAUCGUUGCCAAAGUUGGUCUUCAAUCCCGGCCUCCGCCAGCCCGAGAAGGCAAACCGUUCAAGACAUUCCCUGAAGUAUUGGCCUAUAUUGUCGAACACGAAGGUCCCCUGGCCCUUUUCAAGGGAAUCGGCCCUCAGCUUAUGAAGGGUCUCUUGGUCCAGGGUCUUCUCAUGAUGACCAAGGAACGAGUGGAGCUGCUCUUUGUCCUGCUUUUUACAUAUAUCCGUGUGGUCAAGGAGAAGAGAUUGAAAGCAGCCGCCGAGAAGCUGAGAGAAAAUGCAGCCAAUGGUUUGAAGACACGAGCAAUGCCAGUUGCCGGGAACAUCCUGGAAAAAGCUAAAGCCGCUCUUCCGGCCACCACCAAGUAA